AUGUGCAGAGCCUUCCCCUCCACUCUGAAAGAGGCAGCGCGUCAAUGGUUUUCCCGUCUUCCACCACGAUCUCUCUCUAAUUUCACUGACGUAGGCCGGGCAUUCCUGGCUCACUUUGUGAGCAGCAGGGUACACAAGAAGACAGCCACCAAUCUUUUGGCUAUAAAGCAGCAGCCGGAAGAGUCCAUAAGAAGUUUUCUUACAAGAUUUAACAAAGAAGCCCUGCAGGUCCAAAACUUGGAUCCAAUGGUGAAGUUUCAAGCUCUGCGAAGUGGAGUCAAAGAUAUCGAGUUGAAAAAGUCAUUAAUCAUGGACGAACCAGGAGAUAUGUAUGAAUUAUUCUCGAGGUGUGAAAAGUAUAUCAACCUGGCUGAAGUCCUUGCGGUAGAGAGAGAAGAUAAAACUGAGAAGAAAACUCAAGGGAAGAAGGAAGAAAUCCCCCAUGAGUCCGGCGUGAAGCGCAACCGAGAUGAUGAGGAUAGAAAGAAAAGGAGAGAUGAUAGGAAAGCUUGGGUUCCUAGGGUCGUAGAUCGAGAAUCCGAGCCAAAAUAUACGACCCUGACUCACCUUCGGGAACAUAUCUUAAACGAGAUCAAAGAUCAGGCCACACUACGCUGGCCAGCCAAAAUGGUCAAGCUAGCCCAUGAGCGCAACAAGAAUAAGUACUGCCGAUUUCACUAA